AUGACAAGGCAAGUACAUUCAAGAGCUGUUAGAAGAUCAGAACGCAGCAAGAGAACGCACAACUCUGUCUGCAAUCUCGGCUGGAUUCUUUCUCUCUCAGGGACUGUUGACUUACCAACUCACAACGUGGUACAAUCAGUAUAUGAGAGAAAUAACCCCCACGAGAGACUUUUUAUUUCCACUCGCAAUGGCGUUUCAGUUUGCGUCAGCUCUGGCCCGCAAGAAGGAAGUUUAAGAACGAGAGGUAGUCGACAGGCCACUAAUAACCACCAAAGAGCCACUAGAAUCCAGAAAAAUACCCGGGUGGUUGAGUUUACCCGAGAACCCAGAUUUACACCCAUAGAUGCAGAAUUGAGAGGAACUCCGUAUUCUCCUCCAUCUCCACUACCGUCGUAUUCAUCACAACACCUGCAAUUAGGGUCACCACCUCCACAGUACCCGCAACCACCACAGUACGAAUCACCUCUGGAACAGCAGCAAGAGCAACAUCAUCCUGCUACAAAGAGAGAAGCGGUUUUCAGAUGGAUCUCUGACAAGCUCGAGCGUCAUGUUGGUGCGCUUGGUAAAAUGAUGUUGGUGUGCUUGCGCCUGGAAGACGUUUUCCUUUACCUCUACCUCACCCAGCUCUCACUGGUAAUAAUUAUAUGCGCCCUUACCAAGGCGGCUGUUGAGGGGCUUGUAGAUGAUGGCGGUAUUACUUAUGUUCUAGACAAGAUACCAGACUAUUUGAUUGACUACACUACCUUCGCUAGCCAUAUUCCAUAG